AAGCCUCUUUGUUUCAUCAAAAAAAAUGAUGUGCGAGGUGAUGCCAACUAUCAGUGAGGCAGAGAUUCCUUCAGGGGGAGGCGGAAGCCAUGGCUCAGGCUCCCCCCUACAGUCGGAUACUGAUUCCCAUUUUGAGCAAUUAAUGGUAUCCAUGUUGGAGGAACGAGACCGCCUGCUGGACACACUGCGAGAGACUCAAGAGACACUAACAUUAACACAGGGUAAACUGCAUGAAGUUGGUCAUGAAAGGGACUCUCUACAACGACAACUGAAUACUGCACUUCCCCAGGAGUUUGCAGCGCUUACUAAGGAGCUUAAUGUAUGCAGAGAACAACUCCUUGAAAGAGAAGAAGAAAUUGCAGAACUGAAAGCAGAAAGAAACAAUACAAGGCUGCUGCUAGAACAUUUGGAAUGUCUUGUAUCCCGACAUGAGCGGUCCCUUAGAAUGACAGUUGUAAAAAGGCAGGCUCAGUCUCCAGCAGGAGUUUCUAGUGAAGUUGAAGUUUUGAAGGCACUAAAGUCCCUGUUUGAACAUCAUAAAGCCCUUGAUGAGAAGGUAAGGGAAAGAUUACGAGUAGCACUUGAAAGAUGUAGCUUGUUGGAAGAAGAACUAGGUACUACACACAAGGAGUUAAUGAUUUUGAAAGAACAAAACAAUCAGAAAAGAACACAGGCUGAUGGGAUGCCUGAUGUUAAUAAUGAUCAGGAAAAUACACCUAGCACUAAUGGGAAGAGAUCUUCCAAUGGCUCUCUGAGUCAUGAUGAAGACCUUGCUAAAGUAAUAGAACUUCAAGAUAUCAUCGAGAAACAAACGAAGGAGCAAGCUCAAAUGAAAGAACGUAUCACUGCCCUUUCGAACAGAGUAGCAGAACUGGAAGAAGAUCUUGACACUGCUAGAAAAGAUUUAAUAAAAUCGGAAGAAAUGAAUACAAAGCUGCAAAGAGAUGUACGAGAGGCUAUGGCUCAAAAGGAAGAUAUGGAAGAGCGUAUCACAACCCUUGAAAAACGCUACCUCGCUGCACAACGUGAAGCUACAUCUGUGCAUGACCUCAAUGAUAAACUUGAAAAUGAAAUUGCUAAUAAAGAUUCUCUGCACCGACAGAGUGAGGAUAAGAACAGACAGUUGCAAGAACGACUAGAACUAGCUGAGCAGAAAUUGCAACAGACUUUAAGAAAAGCUGAAACUCUGCCAGAGGUAGAGGCUGAAUUGGCUCAGAGAGUCGCAGCACUUACUAAGGCUGAAGAAAGGCAUGGUAACAUUGAAGAACGAUUGAGGCAGAUGGAAGCACAGCUGGAGGAGAAGAACCAGGAAUUGCUAAGGGCUCGACAAAGAGAGAAAAUGAAUGAAGAGCAUAAUAAACGUUUAUCUGAUACUGUUGACAAACUUCUGUCUGAAUCUAACGAGAGACUUCAACUUCAUCUUAAAGAAAGAAUGGCUGCUCUAGAAGAUAAAAAUGCUCUUCUUCGUGAAGUUGAAAAUGUUAAGAAACAAAUUGAGGAGCUCCAAAACGAGAAGGAUCAACUAGUAUUAAACAUUGAAGCACUGAGGGUGGAAAAUGAUCAGAUGAGGAUCAGGGGCUCUUCCCUUCAUCAUAGUCGGUCAAAUUUGGGCAGUGUACCAGAUUUUAGAUAUCCAGUAGCACCUGCAGCCAUUGUUGACAGCCAGACAGAUUCUUACAGCACCUCUGUGUUAAGACGUCCACAGAAAGGACGUUUGGCAGCUCUGCGAGAUGAGCCUUCAAAGGUUCAGACUCUUAAUGAACAAGACUGGGAGCGUGCACAACAAGCAAGCGUGUUGGCAAAUGUUGCACAAGCCUUUGAGAGUGACGUUGACAUCUCUGAUGGUGAAGAUGACAGAGAAACAAUAUUCAGUUCAGUUGAUCUCCUGUCACCUAGUGGUCAGGCAGAUGCCCAGACUUUAGCCAUGAUGCUUCAGGAACAGCUAGAUGCCAUCAACAAAGAAAUUAGGCUCAUACAAGAAGAAAAGGAAAACACUGAACAGCGAGCAGAAGAAAUUGAAAGCCGUGUUGGUAGUGGAAGUUUAGACAAUCUUGGUCGGUUUCGAUCCAUGGGUUCUCUUCCUCCUCCGUUUACUGGCGGUUCCCUUCCUGGCUCUUCUCCACCUGGCAGUGGCCGCUCUACACCUCGACGAAUGCCACACAGUCCGGCUCGGGAAGUAGAUAGACUAGGUAUCAUGACGCUACCUAGUGAUUUAAGGAAGCACCGUAGAAAGUCUCCAGUUUCUAGAGAUGAAGUUAGAGAUGACAAGGCCACAAUAAAGUGUGAAACCUCGCCACCCUCUUCACCUCGAUCUCUGCAUUUGGAUAGGGCCUAUAAAGGAGCCUUGCAUACAGUGAGCCAUGAAGAUAUAAGAGAUCUCAGAAAUUCUACAGGUUCCCAAGAUGGACAAGUAAGCAAUCCCAGCAGCAGCAAUAGUAGCCAAGAUUCCCUUCACAAAGCACCUAAAAAGAAGGGAAUCAAGUCCUCAAUAGGGCGCCUAUUUGGUAAGAAAGAAAAGGGUCGCCCUGGACAGAUCUGCAAAGAGAACUUGGGUCAAGUUAAUGUAAUGGAAGCAGACAACUCAACUCAGGAUGGCCUGGGACUUGGCAAGCUAGGAGGACAAGCAGAAAAAAAUAGAAAGCUACAAAAAAAGCAUGAGCUGCUUGAGGAAGCCAGGAGACAAGGGCUGCCCUUUGCUCAGUGGGAUGGCCCCACUGUGGUUGUCUGGUUAGAAUUAUGGGUUGGGAUGCCCGCCUGGUACGUAGCUGCUUGCCGUGCAAAUGUGAAAAGUGGUGCUAUUAUGUCGGCCUUAUCUGAUACUGAAAUACAGCGUGAGAUUGGAAUCAGCAAUCCUCUGCAUAGGCUAAAGCUGCGACUUGCCAUUCAAGAGAUCAUGUCGCUAACAAGUCCGUCUGCUCCUCCGACAUCAAGAACGACCACAGGAAAUGUCUGGGUAACACACGAAGAAAUGGAAAAUCUUACAUCUACUCCACAAACGGAAGAUGAGGAAGGAUGCUGGGCUCAGACCUUAGCCUAUGGUGAUAUGAACCACGAGUGGAUUGGCAACGAAUGGCUUCCCAGCUUGGGACUGCCUCAGUAUCGCAGUUAUUUUAUGGAAUGUCUUGUUGAUGCAAGGAUGCUGGACCACUUAACUAAAAAAGAUCUUCGUGGGCAACUUAAAAUGGUUGACAGUUUUCACAGAAAUAGCUUCCAGUGCGGCAUUAUGUGUCUGCGGAGAUUAAAUUAUGACCGAAAAGAACUUGAAAGAAGAAGAGAAGAAAGUCAGGACGAAGUUAAAGAUGUCCUUGUCUGGAGUAAUGACAGAAUGAUUCAUUGGGUGGUUUCAAUUGGUCUGAAAGAAUAUGCAAAUAACCUUAUAGAAAGCGGAGUUCAUGGGGCACUUCUGGCCUUAGAUGAAACUUUUGAUCACAAUGCGUUAGCUCUUUCAUUGCAAAUACCCACUCAGAAUACACAGGCUCGUGCUGUGUUGGAAAGGGAAUUCAACAACCUUCUUGUUAUGGGCACAGACAGGAGGUUUGAUGAAGAGGAUGAUAAAAGCUUUAGACGAGCACCUUCGUGGAGAAAGAAGUUUAGACCAAAGGAUGUAAGAGGUUUAGCUGCUGGAUCAGCAGAAACUCUCCCUGCAAACUUCAGAGUUACUUCCUCAAUGUCUUCACCUUCUAUGCAGCCAAAGAAGAUGCAAAUUGAUGGCAAUGUAUCAGCAACACAAAGACUGGAUUCUGCUACAGUAAGGACUUAUUCAUGUUAAAGCCUUUCAUUGUUUAUCCUCACUAUUUCUACAGAUGAGAUGAAGCAUUUUGAACUCCUCAAAGACCAUAUUUUGGAAACAUGAAAAUCUUUAAUCUGUUAAUAAUUGUUAAAUCAACACUUUGAAAUAUUUUAUUACAGAGUUUUUAAUUAGCAGAUGAAUUUGUGAGUUCUAUAGAAAAAGUAUUUUAGAAUUAAAUGUUUCCUUAUAUUUAUGUAAGCAUAUGUGAGUCUCAUAAUUCCUUAACUUUGUUAGCAUUCAGUCUAUAAAUCAAAUUAUUGCUGAUUUGUUAAUUUUAGUCUUUUCAACUGAAUGUACUGUAAUGCUUGUAUGUAUAUGCCCCUAUAAGCAGUAUAGGGUUUUUGUAAAUUAUGCAGCUAUUGUAAUUAUCAAUAAUGGUUUUUAAUAAUAAACAUGAAAGUGAAAAGGAUUUUACUAUCUUUGUAAAGGUAUCACGACACCGAGCAGUAUAUAUAUUUUGCCACUUGGAAAAUGCUAGCUAGCUAGCUCUAAAAUUUCUUUUUUUUUUCCAGAGAAGCAGAUGUUUGUUAAACUAGGCAUGGUACCCAAUUCUAUUUCUGUUCAUAAACUGUAUCUUUUACACACAGCAUACAAUUUUAGUGUGGAUUUAUUUAAGUCUUUUGUUCGAUAUAACUUGCUUUUCAUAAAGUUCAAAAAUGUGGGAAUCAUUAGGAACUAUGGAACAUAGGUGAACCCUAGUGAGCCCCUUUGUAACUGCUUCUCUCUGCUGUAUUUGUACAGUGUGUGUUCAUUGACUGAGCAUAAGCCAUAAAUGAAAAUAUUUUCUAUUUACCAGGAAUAGCUCCUAAUAGUUAGCAGGCAACAAGAAGUGGCUCUCCUGUAUUUUGGUGUGAGAACGUUUGCAGAAAGAUACUGAUGCAAUUCUUCUAAGCGGACCAAUCAUGAUGCACUGCAGUUUCACGUCAAAGAUG